AUGCGUCUCCGCUCAUCCACCAAGCCCGUGGUGCUGGUGCUGGGGAGCGGCUGGGGAGCGCACUCGCUCAUUAAGGUCAUCGACACGGACAUGUACGACGUCGUUGUCGUAUCUCCCCGCAACCACUUUGUGUUCACCCCCAUGCUCCCCUCCACCGCGGUGGGAACUGUGGAGUUCCGCUCCCUGCUGGAGCCCAUCCGUACUUCCAACCCGUGUGUCACGUACCUGGAGGCGCAGUGCGAAACAUUGGACCCGGAGGGUGAGGGGGGGGGGGGAGAGGGGUUGCUCGUCCAAUCCACUCACCUCCUGCAGCUGUCCAAACCAUGGCAAAUGCAGAUCCAGUACGACAAGGCGGUUGUGGCGGUUGGCGAGCAACCUGCCACCUUCGGAGUUCCGGGAGUGAAGGAGCACUGCUUCUUCAUGAAAGAGGUCACGGAUGCGGUGGCCCUCAGGAAAAAAAUCGCGGAGAAGUUUGAGCUGGCUUGUCUACCGGGCACAUCUGAGCAGCAGAGACGCGCCGCUCUGAACUUCGUGGUGGUUGGCGGCGGUCCCACCGGUGUCGAGUUCGCCGGUACUCUGAGCGACUUUCUGAGGGAGGACCUCAGGAAGAAGUACCCGGCACUAAUGCCGUACGUACGGGUGACGUUACUGCAGAGUGUGUCGUCCAUCCUGACCCAGUUCGAUGAGCGACUGCAACGCAACGCCCUCAGCAACCUGACGUCCUCGGGGGUGGAGGUGCGGACCAAUGUGCGGGUGGUGGGCGUCAACAAGGAUAAGGUGCUGCUCAAAGGGGGGGAAGAGCUGGACUACGGAGUGUGCGUGUGGUCCGCCGGCAAUGCGCCCCGGCCCUUGGUGACCCAGAUCGCCUCAGAGGCCUCCCGCCUCUCCCCUGGCUCCAAGCUGUGUGUGGACUCGUUCCUGCGUGUGGUGGGGGCCAGCGACCUGCUCGCACUGGGGGACUGCUCGCUGGUGCUGGGGAACAGACUGCCGGCAACGGCGCAGGUUGCCGGCCAGCAGGGCGCCUACCUGGCCCACCUGCUGAACAGCGGGUACAACCUGGGGGUGGGGGGCUACACACAGCCGCCACCGUUCCAAGUUGUGCCCAGAUGCACGCUACAGGUACGACGAACCAAGGCGCAACGUAUGUGUCUGUAUGUGCCGUAA